AAAGAGGGGAGGGGUGGAAUAGGAGUACAAAAUAACAGGCGUGGCUUACAAGUGUUUCCUUACACUCUCAAGAGGGCCUGUGCAUGCUAAAAAAACAAACAUGACGACGACUAACAGCCCGGAGGAUUUCAGCAUGGAGAAUAACACCGGAGAUCGAACAACGGACAUGCAAGAUGUGCCGUGCGACUCGUGCAUGAGCGACCCCCGCAAGGCUGUCAAAUCCUGCAUGACCUGUCUGGUAUCCUUCUGCGCGGAUCACCUCAGACCUCACCUGGUGAACGUCAGAUUCCAGAGCCAUCGUCUAGUGGAGCCGCGCCAUCGCGUGGACGGCGAGACGUGCGAGCGCCAUCACCUUCCGCUGGAGCGCUACUGUCUGACCCACGGCUGCUGCCUGUGCUCCGACUGCCAAGGUCAGGGGCACGCGGGUCACGCCACCGCGUCCUUGGGGGAAGCCCGUGCUCAUAUUGAGAAUGAGCUGCAGCAAAAACACCGGGAGAUGGAUCAGAGCGUCUCAGCGACCGACAAAGCAAUGGAGAAGCUGCACAGCAACAAGGAGCGCAUGAAGGCUGCGGUGCAAGAGGUGCUAUGUGAGGUGGAGCAGCAGUUCGUCAGGCUGCAGGAGGCGGUGGGGGAGGUCAGGAAGAAGGCCACCGAGCAGCUGGAAGCAGAGCAGAGGCGAGCGCUUCGACAGGCGCGGGGCGUGGAGGCGCACCUGAAGCAGAGGAGGGCCGAGCUGGCCAAAACUUUGGCAGAAAUGAACAAAAUGGCGCGCAUCCAGUCCGACGUCUCCUUCCUGCAGGAGUACUCGCUGUGGAAAGAGGGAGCGCCGGAUGUUUGUUUACCCGAUGUGAGAUUCAACAACAUGGAGCGUGUCAACGCUUACGUCCAAGUGGUAGCCAGUGUGACGCAAGAGCUGCGUGACCUUCUGCUCACCUCCUACCAGGACAAACUCAGCAUCAUCACUGGUGCCAGGUCACACACGCCACGGGUUUUGUUGCCAGACCCUGAGACUUUGGAGGACUUUUUCAAAUAUGCAAAGAAUCUGACAUUUGACCCGGACAGCGCACACCAUUUCCUGCGCCUAACAGUGGACAACACGAAGGCGACCAACACCAGCCCCUGGCAACACGGCUAUGUCGACCACCCCGACCGAUUCGAGCACUGGCGCCAGGCCGUGACGUCGCAGAGCCUGUACACGGGAAGGCACUACGUGGAGGCGGAGCUUAUUGGCGAGGGCGCUCACGUCGGGGUCACCUACAAGAGCAUCGAGCGUAAGGGACAGGAAACCAGCAGCUGCAUUACCGGGAACAACUUCUCCUGGUGCGUGGGGAGGAACAGUCGAGGCCUUUCAGCCUGGCACGCCGGCGCGGAGACCCCUUUAGAGGCGCCGGAUGUCACAAAAAUCGGCGUGUACGUGGAUUUUCACGGCGGCCACGUGGGUUUUUAUGACGUGAGAGGGCCCGUGACCCUGCUUCACCGGUACUGGGCCGAUUUCAUGGAGCCAUUGCAUGUGGCCGCCUGGCUCUCAAAGAAGGAGAAUGUGGUUCAACUGAUGAAUAAUACAAACCCAUGACAUCACCGUCUUGAAUGUGGGUGACCUUUGCGUGCCAUCUCAGCACGUGUAAAUUGCAAUUGUGUCAAUGGGGCGUGAAGCGCAUCAAUCCGGUGAAGUGAGUGACCUGGAAAACUACAGACUUCUCAUGCAUGUCUAUGUGUGACCCAGUUACGGCCUGCAGUUGCACUUAAUAAACUUUGUUACCGGCUUGGCGGAGGACACUCUAAUUAACCUCUGCCUAGAGCAGGGGUCGGCUACCCAACAUAUUGAAAGAGCCAUAUUGGACCAAAAAUACAAAAAAAAAAUCUGUCUUGAGCCGCAAAAAAUGUAAAGCCUUAUAUAAGUGUUAUAAUGAAGGCAACACAUGAUGUUAGUGUCUAUAUUAGUAAUAUUAGCCUACUAUCAAAAUGACUUUAAAAGUUGUAUAUAAGUGUUAUAAUGAAGGCAACACAUGAUGUAAGUGUCUAUAUUAGCUGUAUUAGCCUACUAUCAAAAUGACUUUAAAAGUCUUAUAUAAGUGUUAUAAUGAAGGCAACACAUGAUGUAAGUGUCUAUAUUAGCCUACUAUCAAAAUGACUUUAAAAGUCUUAUAUAAGUGUUAUAAUGAAGGCAACACAUGAUGUAAGUGUCUAUAUUAGCCUACUAUCAAUAUGACUUUAAAAGUCUUAUAUAAGUGUUAUAAUGAAGGCAACAUAUGAUGUAAGUGUUUAUAUUAGUUGUAUUAGACUACUAUCAAUAUGACUUCAAAAGUCUUAUAUAAGUGUUAUAAUGAAGGCAACACAUGAUGUAAGUGUCUAUAUUAGUUAUAUUAGCCUACUAUCAAAAUGACUUUAAAAGUCUUAUAUAAGUGUUAUAAUGAAGGCAACACAUGAUGUAAGUAUGUAUAUUAGUUAUAUUAGACUGCUAUCAAAAUGACUUCAAAAG